AUGGCAACUACGCAACAUGAAUCCCUCAUGUCUCUUUUAGACAAUGACCUUUACAAGUUUACUAUGCAACAUGCUGUUCUCAAGCACUACAACAAAGAUAUCCCUGUCGUAUACCAGUUCACCAACCGCGAAAAGGAACUUCAUUUGAAUGCUGAAGCUGUGCAAUGGCUUAAAAAGCAGAUUAAAGAGAAAGAGCGUGAGUUCUUAUCACGCCUUGCUUUUCUGGAUGCCGAUUAUAUCAAUUAUCUCGCUCAAUACCAGUACAAGCCUGAAGAGCAAGUGAUGGUGAACUACGACGAAGCAACUGGUGAUUUGGAGCUAGAGGUGAGAGGUAAAUGGCAUGAAACCAUCUUGUAUGAGGUUCCCUUGUUGGCUUUGAUCUCGGAAGCUUACUUCCGCUAUACGGAUCGUGAUUGGAACUAUGAUCAUCAAGUGGAGCAUGCUGAACAAAAGACAAAGGCUUUAUUGGAGCAUGGCUGCUUAUUCUCUGAAUUCGGUACUCGCAGAAGAAGAGAUUUCAAAACGCAUGAUCUAGUCAUGAAGGCUAUUUAUGAGACAACCGAGCAAUACAAGAAGGAUUGUGCUGCAAAAGAUCAAGCACCCAAGGGAAAUUGUGCUGGUACCAGUAAUGUCUUUCUUGCCAUGAAGUACAAUGCGGUUCCUAUUGGUACAGUUGCGCAUGAAUUUUUCAUGGCUGUGUCUGCAUUGGAAGGUGUGAAGCAUGCUAAUCGCGAUACUCUGAACAUUUGGUACAAUGUCUAUAAGGGAAACCUCGGAAUCGCCUUGACAGACACUUUUACUACACCCAUUUUCCUCAAGGACUUUGAUUAUGAUCUUGCUAGCAAAUACACUGGCGUGCGCCAAGAUUCUGGCAACGCUUCAGAUUUCAUCAAUACCAUGGUGGCUCAUUACAAAUCCAUUGGCAUUGAUCCCAGCACAAAGACCAUUGUGUUCUCAGACUCAUUGAACGUCGAGCGUGCUAUUCAUCUGCACGAUCAAGCUAUCCAGGCCGGCAUCAAGGCUAGUUUCGGUAUUGGCACUUCCCUGACCAACGACUUCCAAAAGGUGAGCGACAAGAGCGUCAAGAGCAAAGCCUUGAAUAUUGUGAUCAAGCUCAAGGAGUGCAACGGCAAGCGUGUUAUCAAGCUUAGCGAUGAUUCCUUGAAGCACAGUGCUGAUAAAGCUACCAUUGAAGCUUUUAAGAAAGAGUUAGGCAUUACCGAUUAG